AUGGAGGAGGGGGACUGUACAAACGACCAAAGGAACUAUAUCUGUGAAAUACCAGCAUCAACGUUUACAACAAGUAUAUUUUAUAUCAUACGCUUUUAUAUAAAGGUUAAAGUAAAGUAUUAUGCAGACGACUCACUAAGCAUGAGAAGUAACAACUCACUCAAGCCAAAGCCAUGCUGUGCACGUGAUAAAGCGGAAUAAAAUAGCUAUAUAAAUAAAGAUAAGUUAGAAUACCAACAAAACCAAACUGGUACAUUUUCGUCUGCCCGGUUAUUAGAGAUAUAAUAAUAUACAUUGUCCCUAACUCUUUCCGACAAAAACAUUUUAAUUUUGUAUUGCCACCAAACUUUGAACUGCGUGACCUUCAGCUCUCAGACAUUCCGUUUCUCAGUUAAAUACCCAAGUUGCGAUUCGUACCGUAAAUUUACAUUUUUAUUUUGUAUUUCUUACAUUAGGUUAUGUUUGUUAUCUCGGUACCCAAGCAAAAAUUCAUAUGUUCCCACGCACCACAACGAACAGUUAAUUCCCAGAUUAAACCUUUGUUUAAAGUACGGCAACAAAGAGGAGGAAGGCGGAAGUCAUAGCUCAGAAUGUAAUAAGAGCUCAGCCUUUAGGCUUGCCUGACAGCAUAUUUUCCUGCUUUUGCCUCAGACUUUGAGCUAACAAACCUUGUCAGAUACUCAAUGGCUUUAAAAACGAUUUUAUUCUGCAUUUAUCUUUAGGCACCGUUUGUUAUCAGUACCCAAGCAAAAAUUCUUCAGUUCCCAUCAGAGUGAACUGUUCAUUCCCAGAAAACCUUUGUUUUAACUAUGGCGACAAUACAGUAAAAAGCGAACAAGUCACCAUUCAAGGCUGUAUAUCUGCUGAUCAAUGCCGACAAUUUGAUGACCAACAUUUGCACUGUUGUGAGGGAGAUCUGUGUAACGGUAUACGUAGUAAGUGUACUUCUUAUACAUUAAGAAACGCUAAAAUUUGUUUUGAAAUAGACAAGUCGUACAGUGUUCUUCAAAAACAGGGAGAAUUUUGACUAUUACAAAGCUCGAUAAACUGAGAUCUAUGAGGGAUCCAUAAAGCCAGGGGAGCAGAUACAUUUUUCCUUACAGGUUAAUAUACGUUUGCGGACUCAAAUGAUUAGUCACUCUUAACCUUAUGGUAAAUUUUCAAAUAAUUUCCCCCACAUUUUAACCAAAAUUCAUCCAAAUUGUUUUUUGUGCAUUCCAAGACUUUGGGCGAUCGAAGGAAGGUUUACUUCUAUUGGUAUAUUUAAGUGUCGGUGGAUCAAAAUUUUUGGUGUGCUAAAGAUACCACGGGCUAGUUUUGGUUAUGAUGUGCCCCGAGUUGUCCAUUGUUUUAAUUUAUGUGUUAAUUAAAUAAUGUUCACCAUAAGCCGGGCCACGCACCAAAUUCAACAACGUUGUUUCACACAAUAUAAUGUUGAAUUUAGAUACUUUGUAUGUAUUAUGAUCCUUCUCAAUGUGACUGAAUCAUGUGGAGACCAGAGAGUGUACAAGCUCAGUUAGCUGGUAAUGGACGAUUCCCACAAGUGAAGAAGCUACCCGAGGGGCGGGGAGGGGGGGGGGGGGAAUGAAUCCUGGGACUUCUUGGUAGGGCGGUGCCGCCCGGUUCUCCAAAUCCUGGUCCUAUUUCAGACCUUUAAGUGUCCUUUUCCACUGGACCUCUAUGAUCUAUACCCAAUUUCAGACCUAGCCUUCACUAUGAAACUGAGAUUUGAGAAAAUCCCAUGAAAAUCACUUGAAAAUACCAUGAACAUCAUUUCAUGGCCAAUGAAUCUUGCAAAAUAAUUUUUCAUGACCUCAUCUGUGGCCAUGAAAUUUUCGUGGAAAAAAAGUUCAAGGUGUUUCAUGGCCCAUGAAUUAAACUGGACUACUUUCAUGGGUCAUGAAUUUCCAAUGAAACACCACAUUAUGGAAACAUACCAAGAAAGUUCAAUGAUGGAGCCAUGAAAAACGUUUAAUGGGCCAUGAAAUAAAUACUGAAUUUGAUUUGUGAGUCAUGAAAAAUGUAUGAAUGAUUUCAUGGCUCAUUAAUUUCCCAUGAAAAUGCUGAUGAGGAAAGCAGUGCCACUGUGAAUUAAUGCCUUGAAUAAAUAUUUAACAACUUUGCAGCAAGAACACUGCAUUCCAUAAUAUUUACAAAAUGUACAUGUAUUCAAUAAAUGAAAUAGGACGUUUUGGGUUGUACUAGAAUUAGCUAUACUCUAACGAAACUAGUACUUUGGGCUGCACUAUUAACAGUCAACUUUCAACAAGACAGAUCCACUGUGAGACCAGCUAGCACAACAUCUAAGUUUUUGUCUAUUGUAUCAAUAGUUAGAGAAAAAGACAGACACAUGUAUGAACAGGCUCCAAGUACCUGUUAAAAGAAAGUUGACUGUACUGUACAUGUAUGUGCUACUCAAGAUGAAUUAAACAUGCAAUGUACAAUACCAUUCAGAUGUGUAUACUUAUUAUAAAAACAUCUGAAUACACUGUAUAUAAAAAAAUACCAGCGAAAUUCUAUCCAUGCAUGUAGAGGUAUACGCUAUCUACUGCAUGGUCUGAUUAUAAAAUGGUUUCAUCUGCUCAAGAGAAAACAAAGGAGUUAAAUAUUACAACUUGGAAUGAACCAACCUUUACUUCCUGUGUAGAAUGCUUUUUCAAAUGUUCUACUGAAGUACCCUUAAUGAGGCAGAGUGUGGUCUUGUAUCAAAAAAGGAAUAUCCAUAAAAUAGUCUUGAAUCGAGAUAAGAUCACGGGGUCAGAUCAUCAUCUACUUUCUAUUUGUUAAACUGAAUCACCAGUAUAAAAACUAAAUUCUUCUGAUAAAUCUUUAACACUCUGCAAAUUAUGUAACGUAAUCAAUUCUUGUUGAAAAUGAUUUGGAUGAUUUAAGUGUAACUUACUUGAUUAAAAAUACAGUGUUCAGGCCGUUUUAUGUAUUACACACAGCACAAAAUGUAAACAAGAUUUUUCCUGGCUUUCAUGAUAAUGUUAAAGCUAUCAAGUCAAGAGGCAAGAGCUGGCCUGGGUUGAAAAGUGCAUGCUACAUUUCUAAAGUACAGAAGUACAGUUACAAAUAAUGUUUCAAUAAAGAGGCAUCUUCAAAGGCCAACAAUGCUAUUUUAUUGAAAAAAGGUAACCAAAAUUUAGCAACAACUGUGACUAUUGUACAUUUUGAACAUUAUUAAUAGUUUAUGGUAGUACCCUGAAUUUUCAAUCCAUUUUAACAUGUAGAAAUACAGUCAUGUACUUGUUGUAAACAUACACUUAGGAGGCUAGCAAGACAUUUAUGAAAAAAAGUAUAUAUAUAUAUAUAUACAAUGCAGUGUUGAAGGUUUAAGUAAAUCCAGUUUACAUGCUAAAAUGUGUAAAUUCUUAGCUGCAUUUGUUGCCUCCCAUAGCACUGCUUGAACCUUGGUAGUAAAUUUUCCUUCUGUUUGAAAACUGAACCUGUCACAGAAUGAUUAAUAUCACAAUUAGCAACUGAAAAUUUGCUCUAAAUUAGAGGUUCUGCAAAUAAGACGUACGUUCACUAUUUCAGUAAGACUGAGUGGAGUCCAAUUUAGUCUGCAAUCAUACAUGUACAAGUGUUUAACAAAAUCAGAAAACUGUGUAGCAGGAGUCCAAUUUGUUUAAUCACGAGUACAGCUGUACAACACUGUAUGAAUACUGACUGAAUUAGAGGACAUGAAGGUCUGUUAGACUAAUGAUUAGUAAUAAAAAUCAUUAAUCCUAACCUUUGCAAAAGAAAAGGGAAAAGGUCAACACAUGGACAGUUGUAUAUAUGAGCCAGUGCUAGUGCUUUUGUAUAAAUUGUGACUAAAUAAACUCGUUGCUUGUUGAUAUAUAAAUUGUGGUCAUCGCUGUACAAAACAGUCAAGUAAAUAAAAAAAAUUGAAGAGUUAAAUUUUGAUAUCAAUAAUACAUUGCAACGGACUAAUGUCAUGUUGAAAUGUUGUGAUCAAUGUCUCUUUUACAUGUAGUACUGGCACCUAUCAAAGCAGUCCACUCAUCUUCAUUACCACGAGCCAAACCAUUUUAUAAGCCACUCUCAAAUGAAGCUGUAUAUUUAUCAACCAGAACAGAACUAAAUCAUAGGAAUUACAUUGUAUACAGUGUGUAAAAUGAACAUGCAAGUGCAGUUUUGGCGAUGCAAGCAUAAGCAAAAGAGAUUAUAGGUUGGUGAGGAUGGCCUUAACAGAAGCACAAGAAUAAACACAAGAAUAAAACGUAAAACCGUACCUUGUGGAGAAUUGUUUCUAGCUUUGCCGCUGAAGGGUCCAGUUUGAUAAAUUAUCAAAUCCUAAAUCCUAAUUAUUAGGAUUUCCGUACGGCCCCACUCAUACAUUAUGCUUGCAGGAGCCAUUUUCAUACUAUUUUACACAAACAGUUGAUGUGAAGGGAAUCGAAACAUAAGACUUAAGCUUACAUGUAAGCUUAAAUGCGUAAAAUAUGAUCUGAAUAUUGCUGUACGGAAAUAUUACACGUGCAGUGUAUGAGUAUCUUGUUAGCUUUAAUCUGUUACAAUGCUUCGCUACAUAUCGUACCUCACUGUACACUGUAAAGACUGGCCCAUCUUCCGCUUUGAUGUAGGUGACGAUCUUUUUCCUUGUAAAACUAUCACAGCACUGUAAAUUCCCUAAAAACUCGCCUUGAAGUUGAAAAUGAUGGCUGUUGAUUACUCGAUCAAAGUUCGAUUGGUUUUUUAGCGCUCACGCUGUAAAAAUGGUCAGCAGUGAUGCUCGAAUUAGAGGCGCGGUCGCAAGGCAAACCGGUUUGAGGGCGGUUCAAAUUGAAACUAACGGAUUCGCUAGUGUUGGGUUUUGUUCGCUCUGAUUGUAAGUUUAGGAAGAAUCUUCGGAUUCAAAACAUGUUUUAACCUUUAGCGCAAACGUUUAAGAAACGUCACUUGUUGCGCGACUGUGAGGAACCAUAAUCGAUCGCUUUUUUGUGUAACAUGUAACGAAAACUUCGCACCGCUGAUAUGAGAUCAUCGGCUGGAUUCGGUAAACGAUUUUAGGUGAGUUUUGUUUUUAAUCAUUCUUAAGUAGUGCUUGUUUAUUGUAGAUUACUUGCUACUAAAGCGAAAUAAUCAAAGUUUCGUCGUUGUGUGCUGGGGCACAGUCAGACAGAGCCGCGAUUACAGUUCAAGUUGAUCAUGAUGUAGGAAAUAUAAGCUUUGCGGAACACAAUGUGACAGAGGCUGUGCAUGGUCUUUGUUAAGUUUAUUUUUACCGAAAUGAUGUUUGAUGGACAUGACGAUCCUUUUUUCAAGCGACAAAUCAGUUUCUUCGACGAACGGAUUCACUCGGGGAAAGCCAUACAAGGGUCAUGACCUUGAUCAGAACAGAAAUGAAAGAAGUAAAUUGUUUAGACCCCGGAUGUGCAUGUGACCAAAAUGAAAGUCUUGCUUGACACAAAAGUCUCACUAUUCUAACCUUGAAAUUGUUAUGCAUGAGUCAAUUCCAGCUGCGACCAGAGUUAUAAUUUAUGUUAUGAAUAGUUUUAUAAAUAUGAAAGGAUGCUUUUCAAAUAAUAUCAACAGAAAUUUGAUUUAAUGACCAAAAACUCUUAUUCACUUUGAUAGCUCCAGAUUUCGCUAUGUAAUUCUGGCUUGAUAAGCAAUGAAGAAAUGCAUGCAUGCAUAAAAUCAAGAACAUGCCUUUACAUGGCCUUUGAGCCAAUCUGUUUUCUUUCCCAGUGAAAUCCUUUGUGUAGUUAUAUUCUGAUAGGAAACAACGUGUGUGUCAAAAGCUCGGGAAUGGCUGAGGGUUGGCAAAUGCCCGCCCCCGGCAGCACAAAAAUUUGCAAAUGCCCCAGCCCGGGACUGACAAGGCGGGCAAAUGCCCUGCAGUAGCCUGGGGGCGCUGGGCGCAGCUGGAAUUGACUGAUCCAUUACUCCGUUGUUCUGAUCAUUAAGCACUAGAGCAUAUUAUUUUCCUUCAAAGUAGGGAUUCUUUUUUUUUUAAUAGGGAAGAAGUUUCAAUCUUUGUCUACACUACUGUAUCUGGCUUAGCUAGGGUAGAAAAGUUGAACUACAGUAUGCUAUAUAUCAGGGUUUAUAAAUACACCAAAUUUGGCAUAUUUUACGCCAAAAUUGUUCAGCUGACUCCACAGAGGUCACUUCGACUCCAGAAAUUUUCGGUAACAAACAGGGAGCCACUUCGACUCCAGAAAUUUUCGGUAACAAACACAGUUUUAUCCUUACCUUUUUUGCAACAAAUACAAUUUACGUUAAUUGUUAACAUUGUAAACCUUAAUUAAAUCAUCAAAAUUAAAGAAUUAUACUGCACGACAAAACAGGAAGAGGGCAAAUUACGAUCAAAGUUUACUCGAUGACCGCCAUCAUGGAUUUGAGCUUUUCAGGUCAGCGGACCGCCACAGCUACUUUGUGUAUCCAUAACGAUAGUGUAUACAUGCUAGGACCACGUGCUGGAAAGUCUGAAAAUGGCUUUUUUCGUUGUGAUACUUGACUCCAAAUAUUCCAAAAUGACUCCAAAAUUUGUGAAGCAGAAGUCACAGUGACUCCACUCAUCAAUAAAAUUUGCAAACCCUGUAUAUAUGGUUGGCUCUGCUGAUGGAACUGUUCAAAAUUCAUUCCAACAAACCUGACAACAGUAAAUUACAUGUAUGUAUUAAAGCAGAUUGUUUACAAUCAUGCCAGGGUAAGCAGGGAUGUAGCCUGUGUACAAGCGCCCCCUCUCCUCAGUAAGAAUCAGAGAAGGGGCGUCUGUGAUGCACCAUUGGUAAUCGGGUAUGGAGGCCACGUGAUUUUUCCUGGAAUAUGUGGAAAAUGAUUUGAUUGGCUGUUAUUUGUAGAUCAUUACAGUGUGUACAUCAUGAAGUUGAGGGAUUUUGAUUGGCUUUAGGGCCUGUCAUCAAAACUCAAGCAAAACAAUAAUGCUAGGGUCAUGUUUCACACUAUCAUGAGCUCAUGAGUCAUGUCUGACUUGUCAACACUUUAUUUCAAACUAAUGACUUCCCGUAUCCAGUGGGAAGGCUUGCAUAAGAACAUGGAUCUUUUCCUUCAAUAUGGGCUUGUAAGAACAUUUUUCUUGCUCGGUAUAGAGUAAUCCUAUUUUAGAAAUGUGUCACUCUCUCAGUUACUCGAUGGAAAUAACACGCAUGCACCGACAUUUUGAGAACUGGAAUGACAUGAAACAUGAGCCAUGGAAAUUUUGGUCAGCGGAAACAAUUUUUUUAAUUUAUGCAAAGUUAUUCCCAUUCACGAUUGGCAACAGUGAAUCACAGACGCCCCUUCUCUGAUUUUAGGGACUUUAAGAUCUGGGACGCGACGACUCCUAGAACGCGGUGGCUGAUAAAGGACUGGACCUGUAGAACGCCGUCGUUUGCGCGCGAAAAGUAAAGUUAAGAUCUCUGUCGCGAUGCAAGACGACGCGGCUGCAAACCGCUCUUCGGCGAUUCUUUCGCAGAAAUAGCCAUGGCAUCAUUUAAGAACUGGUCCAAGAAAUGCUUUGUUGGUGCUUUGCUCGAUAGCAUCACCUCCACUUCUUGGUUGACGCUUCGGUUUGUCAUCGCUUUCAUCCUCUGAUGAACCUCUUUUCUUCGUCUCUGACAGCUUCUCCAUCGCUUUUAGUCUAACAUCUUCCACUUUAGCCCGAUCGUAUUGACGUUUUUUGCUAGCUGUUCCCUGUGUUUCCUGUAAUUCCGCUUCGCCACUUUUCUCCAACGCGAUGAUCAUAUCCAAUAGGUUUUCUAGUUCCGUUGGCUCAUCGGGAGUUAUCCCAGUUGCUUUUUCCUCCGCUAGAAGUUUCUUCUUAUGCUUGUAAACAAGGAUUCCCACGUGGUCUCGAACUGAUCGCUUAUCAACCCUGAAUUUCGGCACAGUGAAUUUGUUCAAGUUGUCUGCUAUUUUUCCCACAUUCUACUUCUUUGUGUUGACCCUUUCUUAGUUGUGUAGGGAUUUACAUUGACGACUUCUCUGCAUAGAAUGGCUUCAUGAUCAUGAGUCCAAAACAUUACUGAACUAAAGAGAAGCAUAAAAACACACACAGUUUAAUAAAAUUAAAUUAAAUAAUACAGGCUUAAAAUUGGCUUUUAGCCGCUGAUGAGCGCAAUAAAUCGAGAAUUGCAACGGUACAAGAGACGAGAAGAGUAUGCAGAAGACUCCUGCAUUCACUAUUUGCAGUUUUAGCUCGUGCCUUACUUGCAAGCCUCGUUCGAAGUCGAAGUCGAAGGCGCUGCCAUGUUAUAAGCUUCGUACACCUGAAAGAAAUUUAAAAAUAAUCUGAAAUCCUUCCAUCUCUGCGAUCUAAAAUGUCGCCAGAAAUUACGUCCAAUGAUCCUAGAAGGCUGAUGUUACAUGUUUAGAGGAAUAUACCAUCAUUUAAUUUAAGCACAGGAACAAAUAUACUCACGUUUUGUACAGAACGUCAAACACGCAAAACCCACGUUCUCGACUCGACGUGGUGACACCAGGACAACGGAUUGAGCAUGCGCAACAUGUCUCCUCUUUGAAAAUUUACUUCCUGUCGCGUCUUACAGCCGUCGCGUCUCGGAUCUUAAAGUCCCUUUUUACUUAGGGGAGGGGGUGGUCUGUAUACAGGCUAACAGGGAUGUGGUUAAGAGCUGGCUGCCAGCUAGUUCAACCAGCUGAAAAAGAGCUUACCACCAGCUGAAUUUGCAAACCAAACCAAAGACAUAGGGGAAUUUUAGAGACGCAGUAGUGCAAAAAAGCCGGCUUGACCUUUAACAAAGCCUGCUUAUCCAUAUAUUUCAUUAAUGAAUCGGUUAUUUUAAAAAUAAUGAUAUCCUUUUGUGUGGUUUGCAUCAUCAAAACCAUUGAUUUAUUAUUUAAGGAUGGAUCAAAUAUUCUACAUGAAAUCUUGACAUGAUUCUGCUGUUAAUUUUGUUUAGAUGUUGCUGCAUUUCAAUAUUCAUUGUAUCACUGUACUUACAAGAUGGAUCUGAUGGCUGAGGCAACAACAGUGACCAAAGAUAAGAUUUACAUUAUUUUGUUAUUGUAACACAACAACUUUAGUUUUCACUUAAAUGAUUUGUCUUGUACAGCUGUUCAUUUGCUAUUAGCUAAAAUAAACAUCUGUAUUGGCCUUGAAAAUGAGCUUUUUUUAUUUCAUUGAAACUUGUCCAAACUAAGUAGGAUGGAACCCUUGAAAUUUGUUGUUCAUUUUCAAUGGUGAAAUUUGGUACGUCAUGAUUGUAGCCUGGAGAGGAGAUACAGUACAUGUAUUCCAGAUGAAUUUUGUAUUGCAAUGACACUUUUUUUGUCAUUAAUGGCCUUAUUUACACUGUAGUACACCAUACUAAAGUGCAGUCAAGUUAAAAUGCAGACUGCAGACUGUGCAGACUGUAGAUUUUUUUUUUAAUAAGCCCUGAGAAUAGUAAUUAGGGUUAAGCACUGACUUGAAAAACAGUUAGCUUUUAUUUAGGGUUAGGGUUGUUGCUACAUGUAUAUAGCUUCAAUUUAACCAGCCAACAAAUCCUCAGUGAUGUAUUUGAUUUAACAGUCGAGAGUAGUUUAAGACUAAAUUUUCAUGGUAACCAUGUCUUUGUCUUUCCCAUGAAAAAUAAGAGAGGGCCAUAAUUCAUGGGUAAUGAAAAUGUCAUCAAAAGCCAUUUCAUUUUUUCAUGACCCAUUAAUAUUUGACCGUUCACGGAAAAAUCAUGGUUUUUUUAUGGGGCAUGAAUUUAACAACCCCAUGAAAAACCCAUAAAUUCCGACACCAUGAAAAAAGAGCUUUUUAAUUCAUGGCUUUUCAUUAUCAUUAAAAAGCCAUGAAAAAAAAUUAGCGCGUUUCAUUCUAUUUCAUGGCAUUUUCAUGGGAUUUUUGUUUGUUAAAGUUUUUUCAUGGGCCAUGAAGCGUUGAAUUUUAAGGGGUUUUUUCACGCUUUUUUCAUUUUAUUUUCAUGGCAUGUUCCCCAUGAAAUACCAAUGAAAAUUCUCCAUCAAAAUCUCCUGAAAAACCUGUGAAAAACAUGUGAAAUUACCAUGAAAAAUUUCACUGGAUUUUCAUGGGUUUUAAUUUAAUAGGCAGAAAUUAUGUCAUGAUGACUUAGAUUAGAGCGCAAACAAAAAAUUUCUUCAAAUGCAUUUCGAAUUCGGAUAUUUCUAUCUCGUUCUUAUUCAUUUGGAAUUGAAACGAUAAAUACGUUCAUAUGCUCCCGUAGUUCCCUCGAAAACCAUACCCGAUUCCAGACCAAAAUGGGCAAAGUCUAUACCCGUUUUCAGACCAAAAGGGGCCCCAAACCAUACCCUUUGGGGCGGCACAUACCUAUGGCCCUCCCGGGCGAAGCUACAAGAGAGUCCUAUUACGUUAAGUUCACAAAAUGUCUGGAAAAACCUCUUCGGUCAAUAGUAACCCUAAAUUACCCUGGUGAAACUUUUCCUCUUCCAUUUAUUUUCCAGGGCGUUUGAUAUAUUCAUUUGAUUUGCAGUAAUAGAAGCAACGAAAUCUCCACCGCAAAAGGCGACCACCGUUGAUAAGAUUAUUUACCUCUCACUCGGUGUCACCUUCGCUAUUUUGCUAUUGCUCAUCGCUGUUUUCGUCUGGUGCUACAGGAGAACCAAGAAAAAGACUAUUGAAAGGUUUGUGCAGCUCUGCUUACUACACUGUACAGUGUCAGUACCUCAUAUUAUCAAAAGUUGAAGGCGUAAGACAAACGCGAAAGCUCUCCGAAAGCCAUUGUCUAAUUUUAUAUCACCUGGCAACAAAUACAAUGUCGUGCACCUGUCAAGAUGACGGUUACCAAGAAGUCAAUAUCAUAAUUCAAUUUGCAAUUUUUAUGGAAAUGAUCAAAGAACUGAGGUUUUUUUGUCGUGUGAUGGAAUAAUUAAAAUGAUCAAUUAGUUUCUGUAGAAGAAUUUUUACAAUCAUUUAUCUUUUGCAAGGAGGAGCUCUCUGUUAGUGCUCUUUAAACUUUGAAGCCUUCACUUUCACCCAUCUGUCAAUUUCACAGAUAACUGUUUUUAAUCUUAGGCCAUGUCCCCCGAUGCACGUGCACCAACUGCCAAUAAGAGUUUAUGAAUUAACACAUCUGUCCAAGAUCAGGAUUCUUACAUAAAAAUAACAUCAGGACUAUCAUGACCAUCCCGACCACAUUAUCAAUUAGUUAUGGUAACAUUAUUUCAUGGCGGAUUCUUGGUGAUCAUGGCUGUAGGAAUGACUCUUCGAUUUGGAAAGGCUGUAUAAGAAACACUUUAUUAUUACUUAUACUUAUACUUAUUACUUUAUUGCUUUGAAUUGUGACAUAAUCCGGCUUUUAUCAUUUUUUCCUUCUAGAUCAGUUUAUUCACAAUUCGAGAUCAUUCCUCUUGACAAGUGGGAAAUUUUGCCUGAGCAAAUAAAUUACGAGGAAGAGCUGGGGCGAGGAGCGUUUGGCGUGGUUUACAAAGCAACCUAUACAAAAAGAAUUGGGAUGGAGGUGUUUGACACUAAGAUUUCAGAGCCGACUUUAUUAUCGACUAGGACAGCACCUCAGGUGGUUGCUGUCAAAGUUCUGCAUGGUGAGAAAUAGUGUUCAUGAUCACAGACAAAGCCAUGACCUUUUUGAUUUUGUGGUGUAUUUUAGUCCCCUUUAUCAAGGUGCACCACUCUAAACCUUCUCAAUAUUAUUUAAAGUUGGGAUGUUCAUUCGUAAGAGAAUGUUAUGUCUUUAAGACCACAAAUUUGGAGCUGCAUUUCUGCUUCCGGUCAUCGUAAACGUCAGGGUUCGAUUCCCGGUCAAAUUUGAAUUUUUUAAAUUUACUAUCCUUUUUAUUGCGUAUAAGCAGAUCAUCGUCCGUAAGUAAUUAUCUGUAGUGACAUAUUUGCCUAUAGACCAAUCAAAACUUUGGAAGAAUAAUUUAAUUUGAAUGCAUAAUAUUAUCAUGAUAGAAGAGGAUCUGACCGACCCAUAAGUCAAUGCCACUUUAUCUGUUUUCUAAACAUUACACUGUUGAAUAUAUCUGUUCUCUUUAAUUGUGCAUCAGAAGCUAGAAUGGUUUCCAGAAAACAAUGGGUGAAAAUAACUUUGAUAGCAAAAAAAGUGAACAAAAAAUGCAGUCACAAAGAACAAAAAUAAGUGACUUCACGCCAUUGUAUUUGACCACCUCUAGAUGAUCCAUCUGACGCGCAGAAAGAAGAGUUGACGCUUGAAAUCGAGCAAAUGAAGCUGUUGGGCUUACACGCGAAUAUUGUAUCCAUGGUUGGAUGCCACACGCUUAAGGAUCAAAACUUUUUGGUCUUAGAAUACGUUCCGUCUGGUGACCUCCUGACGUGGCUACGCCGUAAAAGAAACGAGGUAACGGAGGGAAGAAAAGUCUAGAAAUUAAUUAUAUCGUGAAAGAAUUUCGGGAAAUCAAUUUAUUUCCAAUAAAAUUUAAAUGUAUCCAAAAAAGAUUUUCAACGGCCACCUGCCGGAGGGUGGGCCUAAAUUGGGCCUUUUGUUCCGACAAAAACAAAUUCUUUUUAAGAUAUCUUGGAUAUGUAGGAAAUCCUUUAUUGAUCAAAGAUGGAUGGAUGUCGGCCUUCGUUGCAGUGUACAAAAAGACUUGGCUAAUAUUCAGCAAUCUUACGUUUCAUUUAUCUUACCAGCGUGGUCAAUAAAUAGCACUUUAACGGAGAGUGAGGUCAUUAAAGGGAAAUCUCAGAUUGAGGCCUUGAUGUAUUGACCUAGCGAUAGCGAGGUCAAUACAUCAAGACCGAGGUCUGAGAUUUCCCUGUGACCGAACAGACGAGGGUAAAAAGUUAUUUAUUAUAUGGCCUUUUCAUUAUGGACCUGAGCCGGCGAUCAAUUAAAAUCAACAACUGGUCAGCGGAUAACUUUAAAACAUGUCACCUCAAUGAGUUCUACACUUGAGCCCGCGAUGAAGCUAGGUGACAUUGGUCAGCGGAUACCCUUUUUGACAGCUGUCAAUUGACCAUAACCAAGAGGGAGUCAUAAACUUAGGCCUGGGCACUAGAGCAGAUAUUGGCGAAUGAAAAUCCGAUGUGUAUGGCCAUCGUGACGUCACGUUCAAGCCUGCUUGGGAAGGUUUGAAAGAAGGUAGACAAAAUGUUUGUCGUGAAAAGUUCACGGUCCAAUUUCUCAGUAACAGUAGAGCAAUCAUUUCAGCAACUAAAGCGAAGCUGCAAAUGUUAUCAUAUAAAGUAUCAAUAGCGCAAUUUUAGCCUGAAAGCAAAAAACAGACUGGCGACAAGACUCAAAAGUGUUGACAAACGCUCCUACCGAUCACCACACCCCGGGCCAGCUGUCAUCAAAAAGGGAUCUCUUUCAAACUAGUUUUUUUAAUUUUUAAUCGUUUGAGCUGAGGCUUUGCACGAUAAUAGAACUUUGCAUUCCCAACAAUCGUAUGUUUUUGGAUUUUUUAUUUUAACGGUUUUUGGCGCGAAAAUGACGUGAUAAGAUUGACAGCAAAAAGUAGUUUUCGACUUAUGGCGUAAAAAAACUGGAACUUUUAAAAGGACUUACAGAGAUGAGCUCAAAUGUGAAAAAAGUAUUUGUAAAGCUUAAUUGGUUGAAAAGUUAUUGAGCUGUGAAUUUCGUAUUUUCCGCCAUUUUGUUACUAUUUUUUUUUUUAGAAUGUCAUAUCUUCUUAGCCAAAUGAGGUUUUCAAAAAUGUUUUUCACAUUCAAGUUCUUCUCUGAGUACUAUUUCAAAAUUGCUAACCUGUUAUGGCAUAAGUUAAACCUUAUAUUUUGCUGUCAAUCUUAUGACAUCACUUUCGCGCUAAAAACCGUUAAAACCAAAAAUACAAAAACAUACGAUUGUUGGGAAUUCGAGGAUAUCUUUUUAUGUCAAUGUUUGGACUUAAGAGGGGCUUGAAUACAGUUUAAGUCUACAAAAUUGCCUAAGAAAUAUGUUACACACAUAUUACGUUUAUAGCCAGUUGGACUGACGCAAGAUUCUACAGGAGCCUUCCACUGAAAACAAUACCUUCAAGUAAAAUCAGAAUCAAAACAAUGGCUUAAUUUAUAAAUAGGUGGAAAAUAUCUCAGAAUUAGGAACGGAACGCUAAAGCUAGUGACUUCGGCGAUUUGAACAUUUUUACUUCGAACCUGGACAGCGACAUUGAAGGUAAUUUGAUAACGGCUUACGACUUGAAGGGAGAGUUCUUGAAGGUACCAGAUCGCUUCUCAAUGAAAGGACAAAUAUUCUGUCAAGGUUCAGCUAUACCGUUCAAUCUUCCCCCACAAAAACGGUCAUAGGGACGCCUUUUAAAUUGGUCAAUAAACGCUCGAAAAUUCUGGAGUAACCUUUUCCACGGGGGUCCGCAUAUUUCAACUAUCAGUGCAGAUUCAAACAUUUCACCUAUACUACACUGUACAUGCUUCGAUUGCCGAAGAUAUUCGGGGGUAAGUUUUAAAUAUAAUAAUUGCUCCAUUUGCUCUUCAGAGGUAAGUAUAGGGAGUAUAUCUACCUCACUUGAAAUUAUGCUUCUAGAGCUGAUACCCAAGUAUCCUAGCAAGAAAAUACUUAUAGUGUAAAUCUUUUAUUAACACUUUUUUUUUACUUUCCAUGGAACUAUGCAAGAUAAUCUUAAUAAAUAAAAGAAAAAGUCAGGAAAAAUGUCUAGACAGGACAUAUUACUGAAAACAGUACAAGAAGCACUAGGCAAGGAGAAAAAUAAUCAAUCUAAACAAAACAUUUUGGGUUGUAGUUUCUUUUUACUAAAAAACACGAUUGGAAAUCUGUCUGAAUUCUCAGGCUAAAGAUUCUAGUGAUGAAUUGAUUCGAAAGCUAUGCUGUUUAAAACACAUUAUUCAUUAUUUUUCUUCUAAAAUCCUGUCUGUGAGCAGUUACACGAAAAUAAUUUCUUGGUAUAAAUCCUUAUCACAUCGUCAAUAACCAAAAAAAGAACAAGUAGAUGAUCAGUAACGUUAUGUUCUGGAAUGACCAUAGAUGUUUUGAUCAAACGAUGAUGUAGCAGAGGCCAAGAGAAUAAGUAAUAAUGAGAGGCCUGCCAGUCUACUCUCCAAUUCUGUUUACAUGUAAGACAUGUAAGCCUGGAAACAUCAUUGGUCUAAGUAGUGUUAAUCCUGUAGAAAAAACAGAAAAUGAUUAGCAUUGCUAUUACACCUCUCUAGUCCAUACCACCAUAGUUAGUGGUAACUAUGAUACUACUGAAAACCUGUUUAAGAUUUAUAUACUGUUUUAUAUAGUUAGAUAGGCCGAUUGGUUACUCUUGGUGACAAAGUAAGCGAGUAAAGGAUGCAGUGCUUACAUGCAUCAGUCAAUUGAAACCCUUCUCUAGACCCCCCCCCCCGAACCUCUGGGGCAUAGCGACGAUUUAAAGCAGUCAAUGCCAGGAUUUAACACAUAUUUAACAACGUGCUGGCCCUGGGUGCAGUGGAAUUAACAAAAUUCCUGCUUGACCCAGCUCAUGCGCAGCACAUAAUUGAUACAUUUUUGGAAGCAGGGACAGAGAGAGGGAUUUAACAUGAGUGACUUGUGAGAAAUCCUUGUUUCCUCUAUAGGUAUGUUCCACUCUGAAGGGUAUGGCCGUUUUCAAGCAGUUUACUCUGGGAUAGGGUAUAAAGAGAGUCUGGGUUCCAGGAAACUGAUCAAUUGGUUGAAGAUUUUAGUCUAGACUAGGCAAACCGGGAACUGUCACUCAAAAUUAGAAUCAAAAGCAAGGAGUUGCCGUCACUCAACAAAAGAAAACCCAGAAUGAAGUUGAUCGUCAGGACUAGACAAUUAGCAAAGAAACCAAGUGCCCACUCCUAAAACAAAUGUAAAAGCACACUGCAAAACAAAAGUAAACCUUGGGACAGAUGGAAGCACUGUUAACAAUUACCAAGUUCAGCUAGGGGAUGAUAUUUCUCAUGAAUUUGAUGGAACGCAGUUGAGAGUUUCUAUCAACAGGUCCAUUGGUUUGAAAAUAAAGUUAAUAAAUACCGAGCACCUGACAGAAGAGAGCAGUUUAAAUCAAGCCAAGAACUACAACUACUAAUUCCCUGCCACAAGCUAAGGUGCUUUAACAAACUACUUGGCCCGGGAAGUGCAAACAUUACUGGUGUUUUAACACCAGGCUUCUGUUAAAUUACCCACUAAGUCUCAGGAAUCAGCGAGCCGGGGUUUCAAUUGACUGAUGCAUUAUAUUACCAGAUGUUGAGAGGGUAUUGAAAGUAAAAUACAGUGUACAUACAUACAUGUACCCCCCCACCACCACUACCACCCCCGGGACUUUCCUAACAAAUUACUUAACUUUCAGAAACAUUGAAUUUUGGAUUUCUUAUUGACGUGUUGUAGGAGUAUACUCAGGGGCACCCAACGAGGAUAUAGUUCUAAACCACUUAACAUAGCAUUGUUGAACGCAUUUUAGUUUUUAAACGGUAGAUAUAGGCAUAUUUUUAUCCCCUAAAAACUUUUCAUCUGUUCGGAUUUCCUAGCUGAAAGUCUAGUGAUCCGAAAAUUAUAGGGAUCAAAACUUACCUUUUCGAAAAUUUCAGCCAGGAAAAGGCUUCCGAAAAUUCUAGGUGGCCUUUUUUAGGGUAAAUAUCCUUUUAAAAUGGGUAAUUAUACCAUUUUGUAGAUGUUCGAAAAUCCUAGGAGAGGAAGGCAAGCAAGAAAUUUUACAACAAAUGUUCCGAAAAUUCUAGUUCUCAAAUCGUCCUCCGAACAGAUAUUUUCCCGAAAAUUGCCGUUGGGUGCCCCUGUAUACUUUGCUAGUGGAGGCGGAUGUUGCAUGAUUGCCACAGGCUAACGUGAAGCAGCUUUCCUUCUCAAAGCAGUAAAACGCAGGCUCUAUUUAGGCUAUGUUUUUUACGUUACGUUCUGAUUUAUAAUCUAGAAGUAUAUAUCUUUUAAUUUUCACUUGACAUUUCUACAACUAAAUGUGGUUAAAAUGUUCACUGUGCAGUAAAAACUGUUUUUUACCUUACUCUCGGCUAUUUUCUUCGAACUCCCGAUAACUCGAACUUUUUUUUUCGAUUUCCCUUGAAGGUUCGAGUUAUCGGAAGUCGACUGUACACUGAUCAUUUUUGUGGUUCAGUCCUUGACAUUUAUUAUAUGCUAUAUGGAUUCUGUGAGAUAUAAACUACUUUGGAGCGAAGCUACAAGUUUUUUCAUGCUUUUUAUCCAGAGAAAAACGAGUUUUUGUCGAGCGAGAUGCCGCACCACACUCACGUGAUUUUCUUAACUUGGAGACUCACCAAAACGCUUUAGAAACCUUUUUUGCUGAAUUUUCACGUAGCAAUCAAAAUACACUUACCUUUUCCGUUGGAAUAUAAGGUACUGGUAUCCUCGAUCAAAAGAAAAACCACAUUGCUGCUUCAUUCGCGGGAAAAAAUAAGCUCAAAGUGUUCACAUGAAAAACAAUAACACCGCCACUUUCGAAAAAUCUGCUCUUCGCAAGCUUCACGUUGCUGUGACGUCACGAUGGCCAGACACAUCGGACAGCCGCGCUCACGAGUUUAUGACUCCCUCCUGACCAUAACGUAGCCGAUGUCCAUAAGGAUGUCCACUAUCAAGUUAAACACACAUUGUAUAUGCUUCGGACACCUCAUCAGUAGCUUAUAAUGCCUGAGCCCGGUUGCAUAAAACGUCCGUAACAACUACGGGUAUACGUACGUGCACUCGUAACGUAAGUGAGUUGCAUUAAAUCACCUUAGCGGUCCACUUAGGGAAUUCACUUAAGUGGUUGCACUUACGAUUUUAUGCAACAGAAAUUGCGGGAAAAAUAGCACGUAAAUUUACGGGACCUAUGUGGGUCCCGUAUCGCUACUGUUGUUAUUAAAGUUAACGAGAUAUUUUACUGAGAAGUAAAAAAAAGUAAUUUUUCUUCACGUAGUUCGUUCUAAUCGCUUUGUUAACCUCUGAUGUACACUUUAAAGCCGACGUUGUGAAAAAAAGAAGAAGAAUUAUCAUUUUCAGUAGGCAUUGAAGAAAAAUAACGAUUGCAUGCAAAUUUCAUUUUUUUGAGGGGCUUAAAAGUGUUCGAAACGACUUAAAACUUUCUUUACACUCACCGAUGGUUAGCUUAAAAAAAAAGAGUGAGUCAUUAAUAAAGUACCAUAUCAAAGUUACGUGUGCCUUUAAGUGAGCCCGUAACCACGUAAAACAGUAACUUACGAGAGUGCUAAGUGCGUUCCAUGCAACACCCGUAAGUGUACCCAUGACGGAUUGGUAAGUGACCUACUUAAGUGGACUCUUAAGUAUUGGUUUUAUGCAACCGGGCCCUGGUCAUUACAAGAAAACAGCCAAUCAGAGCACACGUACUAUUGUAGCCAUAUAAUAUAUGCUGUCAUACGGUCAGGUUACUUGUGCUUGGAAAGUCUUACCUAUAGCGCAAUAAUCAGGUAUGGAGACCACAACUUUCAGUGUUGAUCUUUUCCAUAGGAAUGCUUGCGGACUAACCCGUAAAUUGGCCACUGCUGAAGAUUUUCGCAUUUAAACAAUAAGCUAAGACUGUGAUCGUAUUUGAUCAUGAUUUAUGUGUACUUGUAAUUUUGCCGUAAACAGCAGACUUUUAUAAAUAUAUGACAGAAGAGUUUUUUCAUUAUAAAUUGGUAGAUUUCUUUGUGGUGGCUUAAUUAAAGUUGAUUGUUUUAAUAAAUUGAAAGUAUAUAACACGGAAGCUUCGCUUUUAGGCUUGGCUAAAUCUGCUAUAUAUUACUUAAUGCAACGUACUAACACGCAAGUAUUUUGAAUUUUUUUCAUUUUUCUCUUUUUUUCGCUUCUUGCUGGAUAUCUAGUUAAACAAGCAUCGAGCCUCUGAUAGAGCAUAUGACGACAAAGAGUUUCUGAAAGAUCAGGGAGAAACCAGGGAUCAAGUAGGAUUGGUUCUAAAUUCUUUUCGAUAGUUUCUGCGUAUUACUUUUAACUAUUUUCCAGAAUGUUCGUCCAGUCGUUUUGGUUAUCUACCCACUCAUCUAAUGAUAGAACUAGACAGAAAAAAAAAAGAUUCUCUUUAUGCUCCAUGUUCCUUUAGAUAGUAUUAUUGAGUCGGUUAUUGCUGUUGGUGGAGUCUUGCUUUGGGUGAGCUCUGUUUGCUGGGAUACCCAAUAAUGACAAUUCAAGUUUGGGAUAAAUUUGGCCACAAGAGUGGCCGUUUAUUUCAUUUAAGCAUAUCAAGCUAGGAAAGUCCAGACACACAAGAAGAUUUAUCCCAGCAAAGGUGAGGGCACACCCGCCAUCCGGGUGAUGAUAUUGGAGCAAAACGGGAGGGAAGGGAGGGAAAAAUGUUUUCCAACUUUCUUGUUGCAGUGAGCAGAGAGGCCUUGUGCCUCGCUUUCAUGUCAUAAAAACACAAUAUAUAAUGUCCCGGAUGGCAGGAACGCCCCCUCCCCAAUAACGGGAGAAAUGAAACAUUAAUCAGUCACUUUAAGCAUAAAACCAUUUAUUUCUUUCAGAAAUAAAUUUCCUUUUCCCCCCUUCUUCUCACACAGGAAAGCACUCUAGCUAAGGUUCAGAUAAAGGAAGCGGAGAAACCACAAUCGAACAUGGAAAUGACUCAAGAACCACAAGAUGACAAUGAGGACACACAUGACAAAGCAUCGACUUCUCGUCAUCUUCAUGAUGUAAGAAAGUAACCCAUAAUUUUUAAAAUUCAGUUAAUUCGUUUCUACUCGGUAUAAAAGAAUAGAUUAGUACAUAACGUUUUUAUGAACUCGAAUGAAGGUGCCUGCUUGUCGCUUAUGAAAGAAUUUCCCGCGCAUUAUGUAAACUUGACCGAGGCCCGGUCCACACAAAUCCGGAUAUUUUUGAAAACGCAGUUUUUUUCACGCGAAUUAUAGUCAUCCGUCUUCGGGCCUUGCUUUUCCGGUCAGUUUUUUAUAACUGUUUGAAGCGUCUUCAAAAAUGUCCCACGUAGCCUCACCGUGAGAGAGCGUUUGUGCCUCCCUACGAUACUGUGCUUACAUUUCUCCUGCAGCGUUAGAAUAUUCGAAUCAUUUUACCAAAGCGCAGGUGGUCUUAUCACCCGCAUACGAUGUAUGGGUACAUGUCCCUCUAAAGAGUCCGAAAUAAGAUUAAACCUUGUGUCUCGGGGGGAAAUGGUUGCCACGUUAAAUUCAUAAUACAAUUUUAGCUAUUCUCAUAUGACUAAGCCUCGCUUUGAUAUAGUGAACUUAGGUCUCCGCAACUCAUUUUUUAAGUAAUAGCGUCUAUUCCUUACAUUUUUAUUAGUAAUAGUUCCUUGCUAAGUAACCUGACAAUAAACUGCAGUGUUUUGCAGAUGGUUGGUUUGAUCAAGAUGCUAUACAAAUUGCACUGUUUAAUUCAAUCGCUGCAUGUUUACCACUUUAUUUAGGAAGAGAAAUUCAAAGUAACUGACAGGGAACUGCUAAGUAGUCCACAAGCAUCAACAGGAACUGAAAGUCAAGAUGCCGCAAUGUCGCUUUCAAUCCAAAACCCAGACGAAGGUCUUACUGAAGACGAUAACUUUUCUACCCAACAACUGUUCUCGUUUGCUUGGCAAAUAGCUAAAGGAAUGGUAAUUACUAUUCUACACUGGAUAACGUUACGUUGAUUCUGGUUUCGACUAAUACUUGGGACAUGGUAGGAAAUGCAUAGACUAGGAACAUUAAGCCAAUCCACCUGCCUAGCCGAGCUCUCAGUUCUUAAGUCCCAUUAAGAGGAGAAAAAAGAAACCAAAAGAGAUCAGUGGAAAAAAAGAUAAAGAUGAAGCUCAGUUUUCUCCAAAUAAAGGGCUGCCUGAAUGAAAAGAUUUUCUCGUAACGGUAAUAGAUCAUAGUUUUGGCUAAAUUCGGAUUUCGUUACGCGUUCGAGCGAACUGGAAUGGUUUAUUCAAUACAUUUAUGACAUGCAAUCAUUCACUCCACAUAGAGCGUUUUCACUCACGUGGCCAGCAUCUAUGCAAAUUUAUGAGAACAAAAGAAUUUUUUUACAUAAGAAAAGGGUUCAACUCCCACAGGAUUGGUUUGGAACACCAACAUGGCCACCGUGACGUCAUGUGAAAACGUCAACCUCAGCUAUAUACUGAAUACCACUGGUACCCCGUUAUUGUAAUACGUCGACAAUUAAUUCCAUUUCUUUUAUCGCCUUUUUGUUAGAAUCAUCUCGCCGAAAACAAUCUUGUUCACAGAGAUCUUGCUGCCCGUAAUGUACUGGUCGGCCAUGGCAACCAGGUCAAAGUGUCAGACUUUGGGUUGAUGAGACAGAUAUAUGAAGAUGUGUACAGCUCAAGGAAGUCUAAAAAACUUCCUGUGAAGUGGAUGGCCCCAGAAGCACUUUAUCAAGGCGUUUACACCACCAAAAGUGAUGUGUGAGUUCACUGUUCCAAGUCCUUGUAAGAACUCGUUCGUAACUAAAACACUGACUUUUCCCUGCAGUAAACUAUCUCUUGUAAAAGCCAAAGCUGCCAAAAAUACCAAAGGUGGCUGUAUUUAGUACAUGUACUUAGACAAAAACUGUCACUGAAUUUAUUAUUCUAAGCGCGCAGUUUGCUAGGUGAGAGCGAACUGAUUUAGCUUUUGAAGGAAAACUGGUUAACUUUAAGAUUUUUUGGGAGGAAAAUGACUUUCAACAUGAAUUCGGGAAACCGCUUCUCACGAGACUGCCUCUAAAUGAUUGGAGCACCUCAAGAAAAGUGUUUACAAAGCAAAGGACAUUGCUUUCUGGUGGAACUAUCUACGCUACAGCGUUCUGUGCGGCGGUACAGAAUCAAUUCCGUGAUUUGCAUUUAACGCAUUAAGAACAUUUUCAAUAUGAUAUUUUCGAUGACAAAUAGUUUUUUUUCCUUAUUAUAUACCUAUUUUCAUAAAAAUUCACAAACUCGUUCGCAACUCUAUUUCCAUAAACAGUGCCACAAUUUUUACAAAGAAUGUGUCUAUCAUCAAUCAGACCCGGAUUUUCACAACAAUCAUGUAACACACUAGUUUUAUCACAAAAUGGACAAAUACAAUAUUCCUUCUUUAGUCCUUUACGAAUUGCUAAAUUACAGCUCAUUCUAUAUACAUUUAUGUACUGCGAGAAUGGUUAAUUGAGUUAGAAAAACGUGGGGCUUUCUCAAUUAACCGUACUCAACGCACCCUGUUAAUAACCUAAAAACCCCACGGGGUUAUGUUAGCUUGUAACUAUAAGUUAAAAAAAAACUCAAAAAGGUGUCAGAAUACUGAGUAGAGCUAUAAUUACACUGAGGACAACUCGAAAGAGGAUGGCUAAUAGCCAGUGAGAGGUGUAAUAGAAGUGCUGCUUUAGUCCCAAGCAUAGAGGAAUAACAAAUAAAAAAGUGUAGAGACUCCAAAGAUGGCUAGCCUAGGAGAAUGGAGAGGUGGGGAGAACAAAAAAGAGGGACCGGGGAAAAUGGGUUUAGGGUUGGGAGAUUUGGGGGGUCCCUCUUGAGAAGGUCUGGUGGCCACCAGUUUUGUUAAUUUUUAUUUUGGUUAUUAUAAAAUAUAGUGCAACGCCAAGGCCGCGAUGAAUGGUAAAAAAGAGGCGCAAUUAAAUAAUUAGUAGUAUUGUAGAUGGGGAAAUUAACGGUAGCCCAUGAAUGGUAAAAAAGAGGCGCAAUCAAAUAAUUAGUAGUAUAGUAGAUGGGGAAAUUAACGAUGUGAAACGGAGUUAAUUGCUAAUCGGAUACAUUGGGUGAAACGAAGUGAACGAAAUGGUCCGGUUACCCCAUCUUUUAUACUACUGACGGGGAUGGAGCUUGGAUACACGCGUCUCUUCGCCAUGUUUGUCUAGCCGAAUGCAGUUAGCCAGUUCAUGCCUUGGUACAACAAUGCAAAUCGAGCACAAAGUGAGCGCGAAGCUAAUUUAAAAGCACGAGGGGUUGACCCUCGCAUUAGCUCGCACGUUCAUGAAAUAUAAAUAACAUAGAAACGCAUAAAGUGGGUUGUAAAUAGCUUAAUUAUAAUCCAGUCUGACUGCUUUAUCAUUACUGUCUUCGUAGAUGGGCUUAUGGUGUUCUUCUUUGGGAAAUGUCCACCUUGGGUAAGUGUUGGGGUGUGAACUAAUCUAAUCUAACAACCUUAUACCGCUUUUAACAACCCCCUAUCCCUAUAAUUAUGAUGGGGUGUGGCUUGGCUUGUUCGGUUGUAUGUUUCUUUUGUUAUGAUUAAUAAGUGUUCUUCCUCCAGGACACUGACAACACUUCUGUUCAUCACCUGCAACUCUGGCUUUUUGGUAUGAUCUAGGCCCGGGUCAAGAAAGUGCUACAACUUAAGACAGAUACAAGACAAAAAUGAUAUCCGACAUCAUCUUGAAAAUGCGCGCGUGGUAACCUAGAAAACAGAAGCCUUAUAAUUACGCAUCCUGCCUUCAGAUCUUCUAAUGAUACAUUUUAGUUCAAAGGCUACUGAGUCCCCGGGGAUAUUUUGGGUGAGGAUGUGCCGCUGGGACCCGGAAAACCUGAGCCGAUACCAAACGUAGUUCACCUGAAUUUUGCCAACUCCAAGAAUCUUUCCUUUUCUAAUCUCAAUGUUUUCCAGCAGCUUAUUGAGAGCGACGCUUUCUUUGUUAUUAAUACAGGACUGCGGGUAAAUUCAAAUUUCCCCAUUUCACUUUUAUCACUUUUUUCACUUUUUUCACUUAUUUCCCUAGUCUAGACUAAAAUCUUCAACCAAGUGAUAUUAGUUUCCUAGUUUCCAGGAAAAUGAUACCCUUUUCUAAAGAAAAAUACCCUAUCCCAGACUAAAGUGCAUGGGAACCUUACCCUUUAUCCAGCAGCAUAUAACAAUAUAGCCCAUAUCUGGCAGUAUCCUCUUGGAUCGAACCAACAUUGACUAAGUUUUGCAAAAUACAUCACAGUGGGCAUGAGGGGAGUUAUACCACAACGGCAGAGGUUCUUUUGACUAUUGUUAAAAAUCGACGAUGACAUCUCCAAUAAGAAGUUGUAUAGAGAACGUUUUAAAAAUGUAUGAUUUCUCAAUUUAUGAUUAUUUUUUCUCCCUAUCAUCAGGAGGCGUGCCAUACCCCACACUGACCAACACAGAGUUGUUUCGACUGCUCGGCACUGGAUAUCGCAUGGAAAGGCCUGACAUGUGUUCUGAUGAAGUGUACGUUUCUUUACAAUUGUCGUCUUAA